CCCUCCUUCUUUACCAAAGGUAUCAAAGAAAAAAGUGUUGGAAAUCGAGAUAACAGAAGGCUGAAGUCGACCCUGGCCCAAAGAAAGUGCCCGGCCCCACCAAGAGCAACAGCCAACUGCCCACCUCACGACCGUCCGUCUGGUCCGACUCUCUCAAACGCACGAAGUCCGCUCCUGCUGGGAACCGCUACACCUUUCUCGCGAGCACACUUGCACCCUUCGCAAACACUGCAGCCGCGCUUUUCUCCUCGCAGGAAUUCCUCCGUGUCUUCAAUCAAACGCUUCCAGCAGCCAUGGCCGCCCCCGCCAACAAGACCAUCGCCGACCUCAACGGCAAGUGGAUGCUCAAUAAGACUCUCUCCACAGACACGGACAAGGCCUUGGCUCUGCAGGGCAUCGGCUUCUUCAUCCGCAAGUCGAUUGGCCUUGCCACCAUCUACGUGGACAUCAACCAGUACGACGGGCCGCCCACGCCGCCCAACACCUCGACCGAGAACGUGGUCCACAUUGACAGCCUGCAGUCCGCCUCGAAGCUCACCUCGACCCAGGAGAACCGCUGCGUGGACGGCGAGUCCCGCCCCCACGGGGACUGGCUUUUUGGCAACUGCAAGGCCUUUUCCAAGCUGGUCACCGAGGAGGACGUCAAGACCUGGGUGGUCGAGAAGCACGGCGCCUUCAUGGGCGAGGGCUGGCUCACGGGGCCCGAGGAGGCCACCGGUCCCAACGGCGCUCUGCACCUCUACAACUCGGUCGAGAACGUCGACCCCAAGGGCGGCUGGACUGCCGCCCAGAUCUGGGGCUUCCAGACCAUCGACGGCGAGAGGAGGUAUGUCCGCCACGUCGUCGUUGAGAAGGGAGGCCAAGUCGAGACUAUCAAGAUGGUCUAUGACUUUAUCCCGUAGAGGAGCGUACGAUGAAAUGGGUAUUCUUUGCUACAUAGUGGAGC